ACUGGUUAAAUUGUGAAGACCCAGAAAAUGAGAGACGCCCAGAGAAUGCUUUUGUUGGGCUUAAGAACCUUGGAGCUACAUGUUAUGUGAAUACAUUUUUACAGGUUUGGUUUCAUAAUCCAGUGUUUCGUUCAGCUAUGUACAAGUACAUCUCUCCUACAAGCGGAAGACCAGAACAAGAGGUUAAUAGAGCUGUAAAUGGCUUGUCAACAUCAGAAACUUUAUCAAGCAGCUCAAAUAACUCUGAGGUGACUAAUCAUAGCAGUCAUAAUGGUGAAACCUCAAAUAAACCUGCCAAAGAUUCUUCUAAAUUGAACCAUCACAGUAGUGAGAAUGGGGGAUCCCUGGAUAAACCUCUAAAUGUGCCAACAACUCCCAGUAAGGUGUCGGCUGUCGAGCAGGUUCCGUUGCUUCCCUCUACUACCAUACUGAACUCAGAUGAAGCACCAACGACUGUUUGUGGACACCUUCAGUUGCUGUUUGCUCAGUUGCAGUACAGUUUUCGAAGGUACAUUGAUCCAAGUCCUUUUGUAGACAGUUUAGGACUUGACACUGCACAACAGCAGGAUGCUCAAGAAUUUAGCAAACUAUUUACCUCAUUACUUGAAGAAACUUUCUCAAAGCAGGCUGAGCCUGAGGUGCAGAAUAUUGUUCAGUCUCAGUUUGGAGGGGAGUACUUCUAUGUUACAGAAUGUCUGAGGUGUGGGAAUAAAUCCAAGAGGCUUUCUCGUUUUUAUGAACUGGACCUUAACAUACAAGGCCACUCAUCACUGAACCAGUGUAUCAAGGAGUUUUUGAAGGAAGAAAAGUUGGAUGGUGACAAUCAGUAUUAUUGCACUCAGUGUAACAGCAAACAGAAUGCGGCACGUUACAUUGAACUUCACUCCCUCCCUCCUGUACUCAAUCUGCAACUGUUAAGAUUUGUGUUUGACAGGAAAACAGGAUACAAAAAGAAACUGAACUCAUUCAUUCAGUUUCCAGAUAAUCUUGAUAUGACAGAACAUGUCAAGAGUGGAGGCUCUGGAUCUAACCAUGAGUAUGAGCUGAGUGCAGUUUUGAUGCAUUUUGGAGUCAGUGCGUAUUCAGGACACUAUGUAGCACACAUUAGAGACAAGAAGUCUGGGUCAUGGUACAAGUUCAAUGAUGAAGACAUUGUUAAGAUGCAAGGAAAGUUGAAGCUUUCUCAGGAUGAAGACUCAACAGACACCAGCCCUAAGCCUGCUAAAAGGCCAAAAUGUGCUCAAGGAUUUCAUGUGUCAAAAAAUGCAUACACUCUGGUGUACACUUUGAAAGGGCAUAAAGGUGUAGGAAGUGAAGAUGAUGAUGUCGAAGUCCCACCUCACGUACUUGAGUUAGUUGCCAUGGACAACAGUUUAUUUGAACACUGGGUUACGCAGGUCAAGACAUUUCGUCAAAAGCUGAUUGCCAAAGGACAAGAAAGUCAAGCUGAAAUAAGGAGACUUUAUUUAGAAAUUCCGGUAUCUUCAGGAAAAGACUAUGAAUGGAUUUCUACCAAAUGGCUGAAGGACUGGAUGAAUGAAAAAACUGUGACUCCGCCAGUGGACAAUUCCUCUUUAUUGUGUUCUCAUGGAAAGCUUGAUCCCAAUCAAGCGCUUAAUGCCAAGAGGAUCAACAUCAAAGCUGCUGACGAAAUAUUCAGAAAUUACGGUGGACUGCCUAGACUUCAAAGUGAUUCUUUGUGUAUCAAAUGUGUGCAAGAACAGUGUAGGAGAAUACGGUUCGAAACUCGGCUGUCUGAAGACUACAAGUUUGUGUCAGACACUUUGAAGUCUCAACAAUCCAACAGUGCAAAUUAUUUUUGGGUUGGUCGGCGGUCGCUUCUUCGAUGGAAAGUUUUGGCGAAUUACCAAGAGGAGGCACGGCAGAGUUUGAUGGACAGUUGUCGAGUUACAGCCAAUCACGAAACAGAAGACGACGACGAAGAUAAAGCCAGACAGCAUGAGAAUAAUGAUAUGACCAUGACAGAAGAGGGAGGGAAACCACAGACAUUGGACGGAGAUCUACAGGACCCUGGCGAACAGGAGGAGGAAGACGAAGGAAAUUCUGAAUUCAAUGAAGAUUUGCUUUGUGAACAUGGCGGCCUCUCCUCUGACGAAUCCUGUCGGCGCCUUGUGCCAGAUGAAGUGUGGCAGAGGUUGAGAUAUUACUUUCCUUCCGCUUCUGAAUUCCCAGCUGCUCAUUCAGCAUGUAGAGCUUGCCAGGCAGAUGAUGAAGAAGAACGUCAGAAGAAUGAGCUUCACAAACUACUUGCAUCAGAGCAGAGAACUGUUUUGAGUCAAUUGUAUCUCGAUAGGAACCGGCCGUCAUUUGAUAAUGGCGAUCCGUUCGUUGCUUGUGCAGUAUCAAAAGAUUUUAUCGAUCGAUGGAGGCAGUUCUUAAGGUACCCCAUAAGGAAUGUUCCUCCGGAAAGAAUUACAAAUGCACUUUUGCUUUGCCCCCAUGAAAAGUUCCAUUUUAAUCCUGGCUGCGAAGAUGACGUGGAUGGUGCGAGCGAAAUGUUGCACUAUGUUUGGCAACAAGAGUGGAACGUGCUUACCCGAAGCUAUCCAUACGAUCACGUGAUCACCGUCACGAAAACGGUAACAGAAGACGAUGUGAGGGAGCUGGUGACUACCCCUGAAAUAUGCACAGAUUGUUGCUUUGCGCGCAUACAGGAGAGAGCUCAGCACGUAGAAAACUAUCGCUAUGGUACAAUCUUCGUGCGGAAAAUCACCAAAGAUCACAGCGAGAAGGACGUUGAGCAAGUAGUGAACAGUUCUCCACCGGACAGCAAGAAACAAAAACUUAACCGCGACCCGAAGGCGCGAAGAAGCUCCAGGCAUCGUAAACAACGGGGAGAAGUGUCACUGACUGUUGGAUCAUCCGAGACCUUACGAGAUGUCAAAGUACAGUUGAUGAAGAGUUUCUCGGUGAUGCCGAUGGACCAACACCUCACCUUAAAUGGCAUCCCUCUCACUGACAAUGCAGCCACGCUUCGUUCAUUAGGAAUUAGACCGGGUUCCUUAUUACUGCUUAAGAUUGAUGAACCUCAAGGUGCCAUAUCACAAGAGGCUCUCCCAGUGAACAAUGCCCCUGAGGAAGGUUUCAAAGGAACUGGUCUGCUUGGUAACUCAUAAAAUGUGUUGCUUAGAAGUGGAAAAGGAAUCACGGCAGAGCUAGACAACAGUGGCGAGAUAAUAUGCCUCAAAGCAAAUCCUAUUUCGUAAAGAAACUAGAGAUAACUCUAUAGAAAUGUUUUGAAAUGUCAAGAACGGACCAGAGAGAGUUUACUGUGGAGACUGCAUCUUACAACAUGACCUUACUCAUAAGCUUAUUCCACGGAAGUUAUCUGAAUCACUUCGAAUCCGUAAAUGCCACUAGGGUCCUUGAUCAGGUUGUGAGACAGGCGUCAUUUUCUGGUGUUUUUCAGGCCCACCAAGGCAAGUGCGAGACAUAAAGCGAGCGUGAAGGGCGAGUCAUGCACGAGAAAAGGAGCGUGCAAAACUUAACAGUUGUGGUUUUUGUGCUCCUCCAUUUGCGCAUUUCAGCUCUCGCGCUUUCCUCGCACUCGCCACGCGCCUACCUGCGCACGCCUGAAAAACGCAUGCAUACACAUGUAAACAAAACACCCUGAAUUUCCUUCCGCGCUGAACCAUUAGGCCGUCUAUAGUCAUUUUUCGCGGAAACACAAGUAAGCGCAAGGUUCACCUUCCCCAUUAUCGAGGGACUGGAUACCUCCAAUUAAAAAAUUACUCGAGGAUUACCUUGUAACAAGACCCGAACUGCAUUUGUUUUAUCUUUGGUUAUUCGUUCAUUGACGUAGCCUGCGGCGAAAUGUGGCCAGCGCGAAGCGCGAGUUAUAGGCUCGAAGAGCGAAAAAGAAAAUAAAAAAAACAGCAUUGGCGCUUUCCUCCUGCUUUUCUUGCGCGCUCCUUUGCUCGUGUGAUGAACACAAAAUAGGAAGAAAGGAAAAACCCUGAGCUGCAGGCUACUCUUAACAAAGAUCAUUUUUAUACAAUCUUUGUUAGCGCUGUGCAUAAACUGGCUGUCUUACAAGAUUCUCUCAAAUGUCAAACGAUAACUAUGGGAUUAGUUGAAAUUUAAUUUCAAGGUGUAAAAUAGUAAAUUUAUAGUUGUGAAUUUAAAUUGAAAUAUAUCUAUAGUUUAGUUACUAUGAACAA